GCGGAGUGGUCUGGGCGGUGCGGGGUGUUGUGUGGUCCCCCGGCUUGUGUGCGCCAGGAGCAGCGGAUCACGCUCAGUCUUAAGUCCUGAAUUAUUUUAAUUCUUUCAUCUGUAGUGAUCCUCGGGACACUGUUGAAAUGUACUGGAGUGGGCUAAGUGCGGCAGCAAAUGCAGCUGCUGCUUACCAAACCGGUCAAACUGGCUAUCCAGUUGGCCACACCCCUACUGGUACAUACACCACUCAGCGGGCAGCAGGUUCUACCUAUGAUACUGGAUAUCAGACUGCUGCUGCAGCUGCUACCCAUUCCACUGCAGCUGGUACCUACCCUAGUGCUGCUGCCUCAGCCACCUAUGAUUAUGGUUAUGGCCGCACCACACAAACGGCAGCAGCAGCAGCGGCGGCGGCUUACGAUUCUUCCAAGACCUAUUACGCACAGCCGUCUUCUGCAACUGCUUAUACUGGUGCAGAUACUCACUACCAUAAUGUUUUUUCUACAGACAAAGCUGCUUAUACCAAUGCCAGUGCGUACACGACCACAUCACGUCAGACAACUCCUGUAGUGACCCCCAAGGCGAGCUACACUGGCACGUAUCCAGGAGCUGCGGCGGCUGCUGCGACAGCCACCUAUAACACCUCUCCUUAUGCUGUGCAAACAACCACUGCCAAUAAAGUGUGUUGCCAGGGAUGUAAUUACCUCAAUCAACCAACAAACCCUCUUCCAACCACAGCAUUGCCUGUGUAUAUGCAGCAAACAUCUCAGCCAGCUGCAACUGUAGCUGCUGUGAAAACUACAGGCAAUACUUGGCAAACUUUCAAGAAACCUGGAACUAUGCAGGGCAAGGCUCAGAAGCCUAAGGCACCCCCAAAACCACAGCAGCUUCACUAUUGUGAUGUUUGUAAGAUAAGUUGUGCAGGACCUCAAACUUACCGAGAACAUCUUGAAGGCCAGAAGCACAAGAAAAAAGAGGCGGCUGCAAAGGCUGGACCAACGCCGUCCCGCCAUGGAGCCUCGCUGCGUUGUGAACUCUGUGAUGUCACCUGUACCGGUGCAGAUGCAUAUGCUGCUCACAUUCGUGGUGCCAAACAUCAAAAGGUUGUAAAACUUCACCAAAAAUUGGGCAAACCAAUUCCAUCAACUGACCCUGUUGUAGUUGGAGGUACAACCAAGACAUCAACCACCACGGCAGGAGCUGCCGUAGGUGCUAAGACUACCACUAGUGGAGGUACAGCAGCUACCACAGGUACCCUAACUGCUACAGAUGGCAAGAAAGAUGACCUUAAGGAUGAUUUGUUAGACCUCAAGGAAAAAGACGUUGAACCUGUAGGACAAGAAUAUAUUGAAGAAAUUAAAAAUGAAGAAGGCAAAGUGAUCAGUUUCAAUUGCAAGUUGUGUGAGUGUCGUUUCAAUGAUCCCAACGCCAAAGAGAUGCACAUGAAGGGUCGUCGUCAUCGACUACAGUACAAGAAAAAAGUUAAUCCAGAAUUAGUUGUGGAAGUGAAACCAUCAUUGCGUCAACGUAAACUUCAAGAAGAAAAGCUUCGCCGCCAACAGCCUGGUUUGCACCAGCUGCGUGAGGAGAUGUGGCGGCGACGUGAGGAGGAGCGACUACUGGAAGAGGAGGAGCGGUGGUACUGGGAAGAGCGGAGAAGGUAUGAAGAGGAGUGUGAAUAUCUCGACUGGUGCCGCCGUUAUCCUAGAGGUCCUCCUGGACCUCCGCCCAUGAUGCCGCCUGGUAUGCCAAGACCGCCGUUCAUGCCUGGAAUGCCUCCAAUGAUGCCUAUGCGCAGACCAGAUUCUAGUGAUGAUCGCCAUGUUCUAGCAAAGCAUGCAGAAAUAUAUCCCAAAGAGGAGGAGCUCGGGGCUAUCCAGAAGAUUGUGUCCAACACAGAAAAGGCUCUGAAAAUGGUGUCUGACUACUUGGCAGAGGUAGAUGCCCCCAAGGAACAGCAGGUUAAGCCAAAGGCUAAAAAAGAAGUAAAAGAAGAAGAUCCUAAAGGAGAUGAUGACAAAAAAGAUGGUGAAAAGAAGGAGGAUGGUCCACCUCGAAUGCUGAAGGGUGUGAUGCGAGUGGGUAUUUUAGCAAAAGGACUCCUGUUGCGAGGAGACACUAGUGUGCAGUUGGUGGUGCUCUGUGGAGAUAAACCUACACGGACUCUAUUAGACAGAGUUGCAGAUAAUCUCCCAAAACAGCUAGCGGUGGUGGCACCGGAAGACAAGUAUGAGAUACAGAGAGUCGUGGAAGAAGCAGCAUUAGUUGUACAGAAUAUUGGAGAGCAGCGGAUUUCGGUGAAUGUGACCCUAACUUCUCCCAUUAUGAGGGAACAGCUUCUUCAUGAUGGAGACUCCCAGGUGACCGCCGCCAAGGAUCCUCCAGAUGUGCUCGACAAGCAGAAAUGUCUGGACGCUCUUGCUGCCCUCAGACAUGCCAAGUGGUUCCAGGCUAGAGCCAACGGUCUUCAGAGCUGUGUGAUGGUGAUAAGAAUUCUCCGUGACUUAUGCCAACGGGUACCGACCUGGGGACCACUGAAUAGUUGGGCAAUGGAACUGAUGUGUGAGAAAGUAAUUGCUUCGGCUGGGCAGCAUUUAAGUCCUGGGGAUGCACUUCGUCGGGUAUUUGAGGCACUAGCGUCUGGGCUACUACUGCCAGGUUCGCCUGGUCUUCUAGACCCUUGUGAAAAGGAUCCGAUUGAUGCUGCCUCCCCCCUCUCUGCCCAAGAACGGGAAGACAUUACUGCAUCUGCUCAGCAUGCCUUGCGGUUGAUAGCAUUCCGUCAGAUACACAAGGUGCUUGGAAUGGACCCAAUUCCACCACCAAAAUUCCAGCGGGGUGGCCGCUUCACUCGUAAGAGGAGACGUGAUAAUUCCACAGGCGAGGGUAAUGACUCCGAGGGUGAGUUGGACGGUGGAGAUGGAAAGAAAGACAAGAAAGAGGAUGGUGAAGAUUCCAAGAUGGAUAUGGAUAAGGAGACCAAGUAAAAUCCAAAAAAUAUUAAAAGGUGCUGGAAUAGACGUAAUAUUUUGCUAAUAAUUUUAAGGCAAUUUGUCCUUGAUCUUGAUAAUCCUUUUGUUGAUUAAAAUUUCAACACAUCUACUGUGAAGUGUUGAUAGUUGUGUUUUUAACAGGUAGUGUUCCUGCAUUAAGUACUUUUUUAAAUUUAAGAUUUGUUCCAAUUUAUUCACAUUCAUUGUAUGUUUUCUAACCAAGACCAACUUUAUGGCAUACGGGCAUUUGCUGCUACACAUUAUUUUGAUAUUUUGACAAGGAUUUUUGUUUACGUGUCCGAGAACUCUCUUAAUUUAUUUGUCGUAGUACAGAAAACGUACGAGAAUUUUGUUCAGCAUUUGCACGAAAUAAUUAUAAGUAGUAGUUAAUUCUUAAGUCUGUCAGCAAUGGCAAUAUCUAUAUAUAGAUACACAAGCAUAUAUAUUCUUGGAAAUUGUUUUACUGGAGUUCAUUAGUACUGUACAUGUGUUUUGGCAGACAGGAAUGCUAUUAUAAAGGCCCAAGGGAAAUAUUACUAUGAUUAAACCCAAAGUUAUUGAGGCAGUAUUUACAAUGUUUUGCAUUGUAAAAUACUUAAUAUUUACAGUGGGGAAUUGUAAAGGACUAUAUUUACAGUGGAAUACAUUGUAAAAUACCAUUUAUUAUUGGGGAUGCAUUGUUGAAAUACUAUUUAGUGUUAUGCAUUGCAAGCUACCAAAUUUACAGUGUGAUGCACUGUAAAAAUCUGGCUCGUUACUGAGAGUGUAACUAUAGUGAGGGUGUAGCAUUGUUAUCCACCUAGACAAGCUAGUGGAAGUCUGACAUUAGGUUAAGAUUCUUUAAAAGAAAUUUUCCCUUAAAUGUUGUUAAAACUAGUCUUGGUAAUUGCUACUUCAUUAUUCUGCCUCAAGCAGUACAGUGUAGUAUAUUUCGUGCUAGUUGUUUUGAGUCAGGUGUUCAAGCACAGUGUAAUUGAGGUGAUCUGAAUGGGUUAUGUUUAACAAUACUUAGUAUGGUUUCGUUGACAAGACUGAUCUCUUAAGAACUUGACAAGAUAAUUGAAAAUUUUAUAAAUAGGUUAAUGCUGUACAGGAUUUUCAAUGUACAGCUGUAUACAGUAUUACUUAACAAGCAAAUAAUGUAGGGUUGGAAUUCCAUUGCAUGGAAAGAUAAUCAAACUAAUAAUAAUGAGCAACAUAGUUUCAUCUGUUGAGGUGAAAAGGACUACCUUAUUGAACUGGAAAAAUAAAGUUGGUUAUUCUUUGCUGAUUAUUUAAGAUGUUCAUUCAGCUUCUAGAGACUUAUUUGAUGACAGGUAGUUGUAGUCGUAGCUGUUCAUCACCUCUUGUGGUGGCAAGUUUCUUUUGUUCCUAGACCUUUUUUAUUAAGUACUGUAGUCCAUGAACUCUCUACAAGGCCAUUAGACUAAUGUGGAUGUGUUCAGUACAUUGUGGAUCUUGCUUGGUUCCUGUGCAUCUAUCUAGAAAUUACACCUGUGUUCUGGAGGUUCAUUUUGUGUCACAUAGAAUACAAUAAAGAAAAUAUAGUUAA